CCCAGAUCAACAGCACCCUCUUCGAGAUCGUAGAUUUCGUGGUGAAAUCGGUGGAAAUAAAUAUUUUGGCCAUCGCGCGCACUUGCGAAACGCGGUGAGUCAGCGCUAGCGGUUGCAGGAACUCUUAAGUAUGCUAGUUUGUUGUUGUUCAUCCUGCCACGGAUGAAGUAGAAGAUAUUUAUCCACAAGAACUGGGAGAAUGAAGAUCUUCUUGAGCACCUCCUCCUCCGCAUCAGCACAGCAUGCAUUUUCCACUUCAAGCAGAUCACCAGCACUGUGCUCCAGAACAUGCGGCUCGAGUGUCUACUUAUUAGGGCGUGAGACUUUUACUUCACGUUCACCCUCUAGUACAAGAAGAACUCGUACUUUCGGGACAACAAGCACCAGCACAUUACGAAGCGGCGGCAAUCGGAUCACGUUUCUUGACGCAGAAGCAUUUUCUCUGACGAGGAGCACCACAUCAAGAUGGACAACAUCUUCAGAGACUAGUACCCAGCGGCUUUCCACGACUGUGCUUGCGCUCAACCCAGCACACAUCCUGCUCGAAACUUGCCCGGUCCGGUGGAAGAAUUUGCAGAACGCGAACAGCUAUGCAUUGCAAAUAUGUCUGGGUCUGGAAGAGUACAUGUUUGUCGUGCGUGUCUGGCAUGACUCUUAAAUCUGUCAUGCACGUUACCCAAGAGCCCCAUUUUGCUGUCAUGCAGAAACGCAGCUUGUCAUGCAGAAGAGGCAACACCUAGAAGCUCAAAAGCUUGCCAUGCUGAGCCAGUACUUGUGGCCCCUUCAUGAUACGCCACCCAGCAUCACAAGUUUCCAGACCCAGACAUUUUUACAGUCCAUAACAGCGAAAAAUACCAAGCUCAGUUGGACGCGAUAAACACGCUGCACGGCGGGCUUCUGUCUCGAGAUCUGCUGUAUGCAUUGCAAAAGUAUCGUACUAGUAGAAAUAGCAUUACAGAUUUUUCCAGAAGGAGAAAUGAAAUUUGUAAUGCUGAUUUCGCUAAAAAAACAAGAUUUGUCAUGCAUGAUUGCAAUUAGUACGAGUACGAUACUUUUGCAGAGCAUAUGCUGGAAUUGAAGAAUAGCAUGACAAAAAAUAUUACAAACGAUACUAAGGGCGAGGACACGAUGAACUCUGGUGCUACUUCCACUACGAGUAGCACCACGACCACCUUCCAUCCCUGCGACCAGCUGUACCGGCAAACGCAGAACGACGUGGCGAAACUGCUGUUCCUAAAGCCCUGGUUGCUUUUUCAGUACGCGAAAUACGCAAAACAGCGGCUGGCGGAUGUGAGUCGGCGAACGAGAUUGCUGGAGGAGCAAAGGAGCUGCACACGACAUGCGGAUGCUGGAGAUGGUUCUGGUGGCAUGGCUACUGGAGGUGCAAAUAGUGGUGAUGUAGGGGUACUAGGCGAAGUAAAUACCGCGGCAGCUGCCUCUGUGAAUAAAGAUGCUACAACUAGUACAACUGCCGGUGCCGACACGAAACUCCCUCUUCCCCUCGCCAUGGUGCCGACCUUGAUCGAAAAACGGGCGGAACAUUUUGCGAAACAGAUAGAGCGAGUGGCGGAGGAGAAGCAAGCGGACGAGAAACGCAAUCUCGUCGUCGUCUGCGCUACCCGGGAAUUUCGCCAGGCGGUGGAGAAAGUGCUGGAAAAGAAAGCAGCGAUAGCGAAAAAUGCGCAAUCGAUCGAAGAAGCUGGGUCUGGGAACCAAACUCCGUGUGACGAGCUAGACGAGCUCGAGAAUAAUCGUGGGGAUCGAGGCAGGACGAGCAGCUUCUCAUUGCCUUUGUUUACAAAGAUGCCCACUGCGUCAUCUUGUGCAACAUCGUCGCCACCACCAAGUACAACCGCUGGCCCGCUCUGGCCCUUCUUCUUUUCCUUCUUUUACCUGGUCCUACCCAUUUCCAUCACCUUCAUCUGCGUUUUGUCGUUUGUGAAAGGCUAUGGAUUGUAAAAGUGUCUGGGUCUGGAAGAUUGCAAGACUUGUCAUGGACAUUUUGCAUGGCCUGUGAUGUCUGCGAUGUAUGCCCCAGCAUCACAAUUUUUUUGCGGGUAUCUUGAUGCCUAUCCCGCAUGACAAAUGCCCUCUCCAACGCGGGGCAAAAACUGGACGCCUCUUGCUGCUCAUGCAAUACAGAUUUUUGUAGAUUCCAAAAAUAGCAUCACAAGUUGCAUUUUUCCAGACCCAGACAUCUUUGCAAUUCAUAAAGGCUGCAUUUUAGGUUUGAUCGCACUAGCGCAGAACUUCCUGCUGAAGGGAAAGGAGAUUGUGUUUGGUGUGUAAGUCGAAAUUAAUAGUAGAUGAACUUCGAGAUGAAGAUGAUCUGCAUGCCUUGAUGUUUCCUCAUUGCUCACAGUGUAUCAGGCAUAAUUUGCGCGACCACUACCAGUUCUUAUGCUUGUUUUUUUCUGGCACCACUUUGUCUCUGAUUUAUGAAGAGAAAUAGGAAGACGAGCACGAGCC